AUGCUUCCCAGCUCCCAAAUGGCCAUACAACUCACGCUCCUACUCAUUUCAUGUAGCCUUUACAGUAUGUAUUCUUCUUCUUCCUCCUCCUCUUCUUCUUUCUCCACAUCCUCCUCUCUUGCAUUGCUGCUUCUGCUCGUUAUCUCCACCUGCCUCUCCUUGCUCUUCUCGAACCUCAGACAGCUGAUCAAAACCAGCUGCAGCCACAAAACUUCAAUGGAGGAAGAGGCUGUUCAUCAUCCAGACAAGAGCGCCAUGCCACAAGAUGAUGAGGUGUCUGCGGAGGACUCAGGAAGCCUCUCAGGGUCUUCUGAUUGCCAGGUGAGCGAAGAAUGGACCGAGGAGGCAUCAGUGUCUGACGAUGACGACGACGACGAGAGCCUUAUCGAGAUCUCCCUUGUUGAUGGGCACUAUGUGGGGCAACAGACGCAAUGUCCCAGCUGGAAGAAGGAGCAGGACCUCGUCGCUGGUUUCCUGCCGGAUUUGAUGCUUGACAAGAGGGACUUCAUGGACAUCUACUCGGAGAUCACCGAAGAGGACAACAUGAUCGAGAUCGACAUUGCAAGGGGCUCCAUCAAGUGCACUAGCUUUGGCAUCAAAGCAUGA